AUGGCGGAUUCUGACGACCCCCCCCGGCUCCAUGGUGGGGAGGCCGGCGAGGCCCAAGGCGAAGAGGGCUCCCCUCAGAAUGAUGCUUUCCCGCUUUCGUCUCUGGCCAACCUGUUUGAGAACGAGGAUGGCCCCUGCCCCGCUGAGGCGGCCCGGCUGCCCCCCGGCUCAGGGGACAGCAAGCAGCAAAACCUGCGUAUGAAAUUCCACGGGGCGUUCAAAAAGGGCGUUCCCAACCCCAAGGACCAGCUGGAGUCCACCAUCUACGAGUCCUCUGUCGUCCCAGGGCCCAAGAAAGCCCCCAUGGACUCGCUUUUCGAUUACGGCACAUACCGCCAGCACCCCAGUGAGAACAAGCGCUGGCGGAAGAAGAUCGGGGAGAAGCAGACCCACAACCCGAAGGCCCCAGCCCCCAACCCACCUCCAGUCCUCAAGGUGUUUAACCGGCCCAUCCUCUUCGACAUCGUGUCCCGGGGUUCAACUGCUGCCCUGGAUGGGCUCCUCCCCUUCCUGCUGACCCACAAGAAGCGCCUGACCGACGAGGAGUUUCGAGAGCCCUCGACGGGGAAGACCUGCCUGCCCAAAGCGCUGCUGAAUCUGAGCGGGGGCAAAAAUGACACCAUCCCCCUGCUGCUGGCCAUUGCGGAGCAGACGGGCAACAUGCGGGAGUUCAUCAACUCGCCCUUCCGAGACGUCUACUACCGAGGCCAGACGGCGUUGCACAUCGCCAUCGAGCGUCGCUGCAAGCACUACGUGGAGCUGCUGGUGGAGAAGGGGGCGGACGUGCAUGCCCAGGCACGUGGCCGCUUCUUCCAGCCCAAGAACGAGGGCGGGUACUUCUACUUUGGCGAGCUGCCCCUCUCCCUCGCCGCCUGCACCAACCAGCCGCACAUUGUCCACUACCUCACGGAGAACGCGCACAAGCAGGCAGACCUGCGGCGCCAGGACUCCCGGGGCAACACGGUGCUGCACGCCCUGGUGGCCAUCGCCGACAACACCCGGGAGAAUACCAAGUUCGUCACCAAGAUGUACGACCUGCUGCUGAUCAGGUGUGCCAAGCUCUUCCCUGACACCAACCUGGAGGCCCUGCUCAACAACGACGGCCUCUCGCCCCUUAUGAUGGCGGCCAAGAUCGGCAAGAUCGGGAUGUUCCAGCACAUCAUCCGCAGGGAGAUCACAGAUGAGGACGCCCGCCACCUCUCCCGGAAGUUCAAGGACUGGGCUUAUGGGCCUGUCUACUCCUCACUCUAUGACCUCUCCUCACUGGAUACCUGUGGGGAGGAGGUGUCUGUCCUGGAGAUCCUGGUGUACAACAGUAAGAUUGAGAACCGCCAUGAGAUGCUCGCUGUGGAGCCCAUCAAUGAGCUGCUGCGCGACAAGUGGCGGAAGUUUGGGGCCGUCUCCUUCUACAUCAGUGUGAUCUCCUACCUCAGCGCCAUGGUUGUCUUCACCCUCAUCGCCUACUACCGCCCCAUGGAGGGCACGCCACCGUAUCCCUACACAACGACCAUCGACUACCUGCGCCUGGCCGGGGAGAUCAUAACCCUCUUUACCGGAGUCUUGUUCUUUUUCACCAAUCUAAAGGAUCUGUUUAUGAAGAAAUGUCCAGGGGUGAAUUCGUUCUUUAUAGACGGCUCCUUCCAGCUGCUCUACUUCAUCUACUCGGUGCUGGUGAUCAUCACAGCAGCGUUGUACCUGGCGGGGAUCGAAGCUUACCUGGCUGUCAUGGUCUUUGCCCUGGUCCUGGGCUGGAUGAAUGCACUUUACUUCACCAGAGGCCUGAAACUUACAGGGACCUACAGCAUCAUGAUUCAGAAGAUCCUCUUCAAAGACCUUUUCCGGUUCCUCCUGGUCUAUGUGCUCUUCAUGAUCGGCUAUGCUUCAGCUCUGGUCUCGCUCCUGAACCCCUGUGCCAGUGCCGAGGCCUGCAACCAAGACAAGUCCAACUGCACGGUGCCCGCCUACCCGUCCUGCCGGGACAGCAAGACCUUCAGUAACUUCCUGCUGGAUCUCUUCAAGCUGACCAUCGGCAUGGGUGACCUGGAGAUGAUCGAGAGCGCCAAGUACCCCGGCGUCUUCAUCAUCCUGCUGGUCACAUACAUCAUCCUCACCUUUGUGCUGCUCCUCAACAUGCUGAUCGCUCUGAUGGGGGAGACGGUGGGGCAGGUCUCCAAGGAGAGCAAGCACAUAUGGAAGCUACAGUGGGCCACCACCAUCCUGGACAUCGAGAGGUCCUUCCCGGUGUUCCUGAGGAAAGCCUUCCGCUCGGGGGAGAUGGUCACCGUGGGGAAGGGCACCGAUGGCACACCCGACCGGAGAUGGUGUUUCAGGGUGGAUGAGGUGAACUGGUCUCACUGGAACCAGAAUCUGGGCAUCAUCAAUGAAGAUCCAGGCAAGAACGACACCUACCAGUAUUACGGGUUCUCCCAUACAGUGGGUCGGCUGCGCAGAGAUCGCUGGUCGAGCGUGGUGCCCCGGGUGGUGGAGCUGAACAAGAGCUCACAGCCGGAGGAGGUGGUGGUCCCGCUGGAGAGCAGGGGGAUGUCCGACAUGCACGACUGGAAGCAAGGGCAUCCCUCAGGCUGGCGGAAAGAGGACUCCCACAUCUAACAGCGGGGUCAGGCGCGAAGAGAGAAGCAAACGCUGGCUCUGUCCUCAACCCGGCCUUUGCUGCCCGCCGUGCACAGGCCUUAGUGUGGGGCUGCGGGGCUGAUGCGCACAGUGCAGGCAGGCAGAAAUCAACCAACAACGGAGUUUCUGAAACAACCUCCCUCCCGCCAGCGGCGUGCAGCGCACAGUCGGAGCCCCCGCUCUCUCCCGGAGCCCUGCGCACGGCCCUUGGGUCUGAAAGGGCUUGUCCAGCAGGGCCCUGGCUGCCUCAGACACCAGCAGCGGUGAAAUAAUCAUUUUGCUAUUGGUAUUUGCACGUGCCAAGCCCCUGGCUCCAAACGCCUUGAACCUGACAGUCAUGAAGUGCAGAGCAGGUCUGUAGAGAGAAGAGGGAUUUGCAGGGAAUGUUCAUGAGACACUCACAGGGUAGCAUCUGACUCUGGCACCCCGAAGCUCUACGGUGUGCCCAUGCCCUGCUCUCGUCCUGCCCAUGCUGGUUUGUGUGUGCUGGGGCCCUGCUGGAGAGACCGGCCAGUGCUGAGGUGCC